AUGAUAGUGUCCUCCCUCCAAAAAGAAGAGAAGAAAACAAAUAGAAAGUAUCAAAACUGUUGUCAUGCUGGACAAGGUCUCUCCCUGGCGUGUGAUUCAGAGGCUUUUCUCUCAAAAAGGUUGCUGCGAACUUCCAAGAUGCUCAUCGCUACCAUUUUUCAUAUAAGAUAUUGGUUAAGGGACAUAAGCUUCAAAAAAGGUUUACAACUGCAAUAUCAACCGCAACGCCAAAGUUUUUGGAGUGCACUCUACCCAAAAGCAAUCGCCACGAGUGACAUGGGUGCUCUUUCAGUGCUGCUUGUUCUACUGAUAUUCUGCAAUAGUGGGUUUCUUAGUGCAGCUGGUGGUCUGUUCAAUUUCACAGGGUAUGGUACCCCACGUAAGAAUGUGUCUAGGAAUGGAAAAGCAGAGAUGGAAGAGAAGAGAGGCGUGCCAUCAGGAGCUAAUCCUCUGCAUAAUCGGUAG